GGGCGGUCUGGAGGUCCUCGAUGGUGAAUUGGGAGGGGUCGAGAGAGGCAGUGUCAAAGUCGUCAUCGAAGGUGGGUUGAGUGGUGUCGUUAUGGAAAAAGAGGGGGCGGGAGAGAGCGAUCACAAACUUGUGAUGGGGGUGGAGGAAUCGAUCGUGGUGAAGCAUGCGAGAGAGGAGGUCAUCAAGGGGCAUGUUGGCUUCGUGGGCGAGGGCGGUUGCAAGAUCUUUGUGGCAUACUCGCUUGAUGCGAAAGAUGAAUGCAAAGUCGGGAAUGAUGGUGGUGGGGAGGUGAUGGCGGAGGAAGCGGAUGUAUUGGACGAAGCGGUCCGUGGGACCGGUCUGGCGGAGGUGGCAGAAUUGUUUGAGGUAGUCGUCAAUGGUUUUCUGGGGGCAGAAGGUGGCAGCGAGAAGUUUGGCCCAUUGGAGGAAGGAGUGACGUGGUCCUCCAGAGGCUCGGCGGUUGCUGACUUCAGCCAUCCACCAUUUGGCGGCAUUGCCGAGGAGGCGGGAGGUGGGAAUGGGGAGCCAGUGGGCAAGGGGCAUGUAGUGGAGGUGAAAAGAGUUCUGGAUGGAGGAGGUCGGCGGGGGGGUGUUGCUGGAGGCGGCUGUGGAGGAGGGAGUGGUUUGCGCUGUGGAGGUGGAGUGGUUUGCGCUGUGGAGGAGGGAGUGGUUUGCGCUGUGGAGGGGGGAGUGGUUUGCGCGGUGGUGACGACUGUGAUGGAGGGGAUGGUCCCUUCGAUCGUGGUGACGCGGUCGCAUAUGGACGACAUGUUGGCCUUUAUGUCGCCGAGAGAGGCGGUGACGGAGGUUCGGAGGGUAUUGAGUGCGUGGAGGAAGGCGGAGAGGUCGGGGGUGGCGGUGUUUGGUGGUGGUUGUUCGCCUGCGAGGUUGCGGGCGAUGCUAUCGACUGAGUCAGUGCGGAUGUUAGACAUGUUGAUGGAGGAUGCGGCCAUGUCGGGGGACGAGGGGGUGGAGGACGUGGCCUGAACAGGUGUGGAGGAUGCAGCAGCAGCGGUGGCGUCGACGGCGGCACGUUGGGAGUUCUUGGUUUGGCGUGGUGGCAUGUGGAGGGUGGGGGGGAGAAUCCCUUAUUUAUUUAUCAAUAAAUUCAAAAAUAAAGAUAAUCGCCAAGGUUUUUUUUUUUUUUUUUUCCAAAUAAACGUUGAACAGAAAG